AUGUCCCUGCAUAUACCUGAUCUGACACUGGACCGUUGGACUAUAUCUUCUCACGAUAACUCUCCUCCUGCGUCAUACCGUCGCAACGAUCUGAUCGCCCACCCCUUCAAAUGCGCGCGUGCUGAUUGGACGCCUCACCGCCACACCGCCACACCGCCGCACUCGCCACACCUCGGGACCAGCGAUCGCAGCCGUGCAAUCCCGAACCUUCCCUUCGAUCCUCGCUCCCCUCACGAACCUCCACUUCCACUCGCCCCACGACCGAUGAGCUUCGAAUCCACGCUUGGUUCUGUGAUCCAGGGACAGAACUGCCUUUGGAUGAAAAGAGAGAACGGGAUUUUCUUCUUGAAGAGAAGGGACUGGGAAGGCAAGCCAAGGCGAAGAGCUAGCUGGCUUUUGACCGAGGGCACACGAUAA